AUGCGCUUCUCCAUCGCUGCUCUCACUGCCCUGGCCGCUGGUGCCUUGGCCGCCGACGUCACUGAGACUGUCACCAAAUUCACCACCUGGUGCCCCGAGGCCACCACCAUCGCCCACGGCAGCCACACCUACAGCAUCUCGGCUCCCGGUCACAUCACCAUGACCCACGGUCCCUUCACCGUGACCCGUCCUAUGGUUACCCAGACCGUGACCCAGUGCAACAAGUGCUCCUCCUCGGCCGUGGUCCCCACCUCCCCCGUUGUCUCCCCCAGCGCCCCCGCUUCCACCCCUCUGGUGCCCAGCGGCGUUGGUGCCACCGGCUCCGCCGGCUCCUCCCCUGCUGCCCCCUCCGGCUCCCCCGCUGCCUCCCAGCCUGCCUUCAACGCCGGUGCCAUGAACGCCGCUACUGGCGCUGGUGCCGGUCUGGCCGCCGUCUUCGGUGCCGUCGCUCUUCUGCUGUAA